UCAACCGUUGUUUUUGGCAACUCGACCUCAACUCAGUGUUUCCUGGUGUCAUCAAAUAAAGCCAAUGCAAACACGUCCGAUGCAGUAAAGAAAUUAAUCCACCUGCAAAGUACUUCAAAGAAAGAUGUCAAUGAAUCUUGCAUUAUGAACUCUCGAAUGAAUGUGAAGGUGCAGCCAUGCGAAGUAGAAAAACCUAUCCUAGCUCCAAGGCCAAUUCGGCCUCCAAGCCAAAGGAAAAGGCGGAGGAAAGCGUGUUUGACGAGCUUCCAGCAGCGGCGUAUAAGAAGACUCUCAAGUAAAGCACCGACGGAGACUACUGCGUUGUGGAACCCUGUAGCCAAAGAAGUGGAAAGGACACUAAGACUUGCCCCGUUCAGGUCGGACCAGCAGAUCAAAUGCCCUCGUAGACACCAGCCGGUCGUGGUGCUGAACCACCCCGACGCUGACAUUCCUGAAGUGGCCAAUAUCAUGAAAAUAGUCAGCAGGUAUAAAGGUGCUGUCACGAAGGUGGCUCUCUCUCACAAAACAAUCCAGCUCCUCUCAGAGCUCCGCCCUCAAGAGGAGGGGUCCUCGACCAAAGGCACGUCGUCUCAGACCGACCGUCCAACACCCCGAGCAGUUUGCAGUUCCGUUCGGGAGCGGUUCCUCCUUAAAAUGAAACUUAGGAAAAGAAGCAGGAAAAAGUACGAGGUGGUGAAAGGUCUAUCGGUUUGUGACCAGCAGCACGUCUUCAGCUGCUGGUUCUGUGGCCGACUCUUCCACAGUCAAGAGGACUGGAUCGGUCAUGGCCAGAGGCACCUCAUGGAGGCCACCAGGGACUGGAACCAACUCUUCUGAAAGCUCAACAACUAUUUUCUUUUGUUUUGUUUUGGUCCAUGAAAUGGAAAAGGUUAAGGUUGUAUAUUUUGAACAACCCCCACUGUAGUUUCUGUCCCUGUAAAUAGUUAUUCUCAGUUGAAUCCUAGUUAAUAUUUUAAUAUUUGCAUAUUCUGGUAAAUUAUUUUCUGCGAGCGUGACGGUGUGUCACGCACGCACACGUCACCCUGAACUGUGAACA